UCCGCCACCUGUCCCUCGGCCGCCUUUUUUGCCUUCGUUCACCUCCCCUGCCCUGCCGCACACUAAGCGAAGUGUAAUUAAGUGGGAGACCGACCCAGUUUGCUGUUCGUGUUUCGCAUACCACGCUGUCAGUCCGCCCGGGUGAUGGGGGCAUUCCUGAUGGCUGUAGGGGAUCCCGUGAAGUGUCAGCGGAGUGGCCAGGACCUCAGUCUCCAGCAGUGUGAGGUUCUCUGGGAAAGACUUCCAGGUCUCAGAUUCUUGAUAUCCAGGGAGUUUUGUCCUGCACUGUCGGCCAGAAUCGGCCCGUAACAGUGUGUAAUUAGGAAAACCGAAGCGCGAUUUAUUUUGGCUGUAGGGGAGAGCUGAGUUCAGACACAGCUCCGUGCAGGAAAGUGAUGUAGAAUGUACGCAAUGACAACACCGUUAUGUUUCAACUCUUUUUCCCUCGGGGAGCGUCCUAAGAGUGACGCUCCUGGCCAUGAGUUAAGUGGACAAGGACUCAUCCUGUAUCACUGCUGCUCUGCUGGAAACAACUUUGGGAACCUGAUAUAUUUUGUGUUGGGUGCCCAAGUCAGUUGAGGGUACGCGUUGAGGAGGGGUUCUUGCCGCCCUUGCGUUAACCUUACCUGCCCGUGCGGAUCGCCUGCUUUUGAUCUUGACCUUUUGUUUUUCCACAGUAGAGUGUAGAGUCUGUAGGGACCCUGCCUCCAUUGAGCCUGCACUGCCAGGCGGCAGAGUUAUGAUAAAGAGUCAAGCAGAAAUCUAGGAAGAUGAGCUCCAAGAUGGUCAUGGGUGAACCAGGGCUGAACUGGGAUAUUUCCCCAAAAAAUGGCCUUAAGACAUUUUUCUGUCGAGAAAAUUAUAAAGAUCAUUCCAUGGCUCCAAGUUUAAAAGAAUUAUGUAUUUUAUCUAACAGACGCAUAGGAGAAAUUUUGAACGCCUCAGCGAGUUCUGUAGAAAACGAGCCAGCAGUUGGUUCAGCAGCUCAAGCGAAGGAAAAAGUUAAAACCACAGUUGGAAUGGUUCUUCUUCCAAAACCCAGAGUUCCAUAUCCCCGUUUCUCCCGUUUCUCCCAGAGAGAGCAGAGGACUUACGUGGAUUUGUUGGUUAGAUACGCAAAGGUUCCUGCAAAUUCCAAAGAUGUUGGAAUAAAUAAAAAUGACUAUUUGCAGUACUUGGAUAUGAAAAAGCAUGUGAAUGAAGAAGUUACUGAGUUCCUAAAGUUUCUGCAGAAUUCUGCAAAGACAUGUGCGCAGGAUUAUAACAUGCUUUCUGCAGAUGCUCGUCUCUUCACGGAGCAAAUUUUAAAAGCUUGCAUUGAACAAGUGAAAAAAUAUCCAGAAUUCUACACUCUCCAUGAAGUUACCAGCUUAAUGGGAUUCUUCCCAUUCAGAACAGAGAUGGGAUUAAAGUUAGAAAAGACUCUUCUGGCGCUGGGCAGUGUAAAAUACGUGAAGACAGUAUUUCCCUCAAUGCCUGCAAAGCUGCAGCUAACAAAAGAUAACAUAGCUACCAUUGGAACGCUAGAACAAACAGCUGCGGCCAUGCAUGAUGAUAUUAGUAAAGAUCCAAAUGCAGAGAAGCUUGUUUCAAGAUAUCACCCACAGAUCGCUCUAACUAGUCAAUCAUUAUUUACCUUAUUAAAUAAUCAUGGACCAGGCUAUAAGGAGCAGUGGGAAAUUCCCGUGUGUGUUCAACUAAUUCCUGUCGCAGGUUCGAAACCAAUUAAAGUAAUUUACGUUAAUUCACCACUUCCCCGAAAGAAAAUGACAAUGAGGGAGAGAAAUCAGAUCUUCCAUGAAGUCCCGUUAAAAUUCAUGAUGUCCAAAAACUCAUCUGUCCCAGUCUCUGCGGUGUUUAUGGACAAACCUGAAGAGUGUGUGUCUGAAGUGGACAUGUCUUAUGAAGUUAAUGAGUCCCGAAAAAUUGAAACCCUUGAAAAUUUGGAUCUGGAUUUUGAUGAUGACGUCACAGAACUUGAAACUUUUGGAGUAACCACCGCCAAAUCGUCAAAGUCACCAAGUCCAACAAGUCCUUCCACAGUCCCCAGCGUGGCACGUACCCCUGCGGCCCCCAAGGUAACAGCCACAGCUGUGGCAACAACUGCCCCCGACGUUUCUGCUAACUCUAGAAGUUUAUCUCAGAUUCUGUUGGAACAACUGCAGAAGGAGAAACAGCUGGUGACGGGUGCGGACGGGGACGCUGACAAGGGCAAGAAGAAUGGGGAUCAGGCAAUUGAAUCACGUGGUGACAGAAUACCCAAUUCUGACAAGCCUCGGAUGCAAGGUAGUGAACUGAAAACGUCUGCUGCCUUGCCGUUAGAGAGCUCUAGGACGAAGGAGAUUGAAACCUCUCAUAAAAAUGAUACGGCUCUUGAUAAAGUAAAUGCCGAUGAAAGAUUAAAGGUGCUAGAGAAUACAGACAAUUCAGAGGAAGUCACUGCUGCGUCAGAAGCAGACAGAACUGCAGAUGUCAUUCACUGCGAUAGUGAUACAGAUGAAGACUGUUUAAUUAUCGAUACAGAGUGUAAAACUACUGGGAAUGGGAAAACAGCUGCUCUGAGUUCUGAUUUAAGUCCUAACCCCGCUAACCCAAAUCCCUCCUCAGGACAGCCUUCUGCAGGAAACCAAAGUAAUACUACCUGUAGCCCCGAAGAGUCAUGUAUUUUAAAAAAACCUAUCAAAAGAGUAUAUAAAAAAUUUGAUCCAGUUGGGGAAAUUUUAAAAAUGCAGGACGAACUCUUAAAGCCAAUUUCCAGAAAAGUGCCUGAACCGCCCGUAAUGAAUUUAGAAAAUCCUAAACAGCUUCCUGUUUCCGAGCAGCCCUCUGCUCCUUCAGAUGAGGUCUCUGGUUGGCCACAAUCUCUGUGGCCUUCUGCAUUUCCGAAACCAAAAGGACGAUUGCCAUAUGAACUUCAGGACUAUGUUGAAGAUACAUCAGAAUAUCUAGCUCCUAAGGAAGGAAAUUUUGUUUAUAAGUUAUUUAGUCUUCAAGACCUGUUGUUACUCGCGCGUUGCAGUGUCCAGAGGAUAGAGACAAGACCACGUUCUAAAAAACGGAAGAAAAUCAGAAGACAAUUUCCAGUUUAUGUGCUCCCGAAGGUGGAGUACCAAGCUUGUUACGGAGUGGAAGCUCUGACGGAAAGUGAACUCUGUCGCCUAUGGACUGAAAGUUUAUUGCAUUCCAACUGCUCGUUUUAUGUUGGGCAUAUUGAUGCAUUUACUUCAAAGCUUUUCCUGCUUGAAGAAAUUACCUCAGAAGAAUUAAAAGAAAAACUAUCAGCUCUCAAGAUUUCAAGUUUAUUUAACAUCCUCCAACACAUCCUAAAGAAAUUAACUAGCUUGCAGGAGGGUUCCUACUUGUUGUCUCAUGCAGCAGAAGAUUCUUCACUCCUGAUCUACAAGACCUCUGAUGGAAAAGUCACUAGGACGGCGUACAAUUUGCAUAAGACACACUGUAGCCUGCCUGCGGUACCUUCCAGUCUCUCAGUUCCCUGGGUCCCGUUAGACCCCAGCCUGUUACUACCGUAUCACAUCCAUCACGGGAGAAUACCUUGUACUUUCCCACCUAAAUCGCUAGGUCCCCCAGCACAACAAAAGGUUGGUGGAACAAGAAUGCCUACUCGUAGCCGCAGGAAUCCAGUUUCCAUGGAAACCGAAAGCAGUUGCUUGCCUGCUCAGCAAAUCGAAAAUGAAGGAGCAGCUCCAAAUAAAAGAAAAAUGACUUAAGGGCUGUACUGUUGCAAGUGAAGUUCCAGAAAAAACAGUUACAACAAUGUUAAAUUCAGAAAAAUUUGAGGGGACAUAUGCCUAAAAGAUCAGUAGGCAAGAGGAAAAUGUGUAUUUUAGUGACCUCGCUAGUUCCCGGAGUGCCUUGGAAAACUGUGUUGGCCAUUUGGACUAAAAUGGAAUGUUACGCUGUUAACUCUUACGUCUGAAGAGGAUCUAAGUGGGUUUUAACAUUAUCGUGGCAGGGAAGUAAAUGAGAAGACGAAUAUUUUUAUAGUAGACCUUUUCUAAAUAUUGUAAAUAGGAAACAAAUUUUUUUCAGGAACAGCAUUUACCAUUAUAUAUUAUGUAAAUAAUUUAAGUUAUAUCUCUAUUCUGUUGAGGUUGGCUUCGAAGGUGAAAUCUUGCCACUGUCAGAUAAUUUUGAGCAGUAUGACCCUGUUUCUGACCCAUUGUCACUGUUUUUAUAUACGACUUUAAAUGAGGAAAAAAACCAGUUAUAACAAUGUUAAAUUCAGAAAAGUUUGAGGGGAAAUAUUACAGGUUAAUAAAGCUGAUAACUUAAAAAACUUGGUGAAAUUCUAUUGCAGGAGCCAAAAAUAAAAAAAACCCUGCCUCUGAAAAGUCACAAGUUAUAUUUUCUCAGUGUGCGACCAUCAGUUUGUUUUUUAAAAAAAACAACAUUUUGUGGUCUAACAGGUUUGGCCAGGAGCACCUCUGCCUCCUGGCACAGACCCCAGCUGAGUGUUGACAUACACCAGUGAAAGCAAAGACACGAGUAUGUUUUCCAGAAAAAUCCUGUUAUGCUGACUGAAAGGGUUAAGGUGUGAUAAAAGAAGCUAUUUUUUUUCAUCUAUAUUGAUUAAAUUUUACAGGCCCAUAUUUUAAAUAGAUGACUGUGAAAAGGGACAUGAUCAGCUGAUGUUACUGUAACCAAUUUGGACUUAAGAACAAAAUUUUUAAUUUUUUUAUCCCUGUUAUUUAAUAUACACUAAAAAUUUUAGAAAUCGUGUGUCAUCUGUAAAAUACAAGCUUUCUAAUCCAAGGCAAUAUUUGCUUUGUUUUUGGAAUUUUUUUUAAUGUGUUUUAUAUUAAUAUAAGUAAUGAAGCCUUUAAAAAAUCGUCAACUAUUAUAAAUAACAGUUGAGAAUUUUUAUCUUCGACUACCAAGUUUUGUGCUGUUUUUAUUUUUCAGUCAGUUAUAAAAAUUUUUGAAUUAUUUAAUGAGUAAUAGUAAAAUUAUUUUGUGUAUUUUAAUGUAGUGUGUCCUCAUUCUGCCAUUCCUUUUUUAAGUGAUUGUUUCUUUUGUUUUUAAUGGAUUCGAUCUUUUUUUAAAAAACUUUAUUUCAGUCCUAUAGCCACGUAUCCCAGAAAUAUUUCAGUCCUGAAUCAUUUGGCAUUGAGCCAAGGGAGAGGCCGGGAUCCCCUUGGAAUUUCCUCUUUUUACAAAGCUGAACAAUGAUUGCUUCAGACUUCUGAAUACCAGAAAGAAUUGGCUUUCAUUUUUUUAAUAUUGUUUUUUACAUAGUAAGACGUGUGAUCUUGCAAGUGAUUAUUUUCAAAUUAUCUUAGCCAUAUAUUUGGGUAACCGAUAAUAUAUAUAAAGUUAGUCUUACUUUUCUACUUAAGCAUUUUUAAUAUAUAUUUGAUCAUGCCUUGUAUUAUUUUUCUUGCUCUUUAGUACUGAGAAUACAUAAGCAAGCAACAUUCACAAUAUGAGCAAAGAUGUUUAAAAAACAAAACAAAAUGGUUAGAGCCCGUGUUGGCAAGGAUGUGAUGAACCUGGCCCACUUACUUCAGUGAUGAAGAUAAAAUUUACACACACCUCCUGGGAAACAAUUUAAUUCUGUAAACAUUUGCGUGCAGCUGUAUGCCAUGCAAUCUAAAGUAGGUCCCCCCUGUUACUCGCUCAUAAAAUUCCUUUUCAGAUAUGAUGACAUUUAUUUGACUUAAUUGUCUGUCUUCUUGAAUAGACUACCAGCUCUACAAGGGCCAGAGCACAUCAGCUUGGCUCACCAUUAUAUAGCCAACACCUGACCCAGUACCUGUCAUGUCAUUGCUUAGUGUAGGUUAGAUGCAUGAAUAAAUCAAUAUGUUGAUGUCAAGGAUUUUUUUUUAGGAGCUCAUAUUCUAGUAGAGGACAUAAGCUUGAAAAUAAACAAUACCAGUCUAUGCAAUAAGCUCUGAUAAAGUAAUACAACAAACACAUCUAUCUAACUGACACCUGAUAGUUAAAGAAGGUUUCCUGAGAUAAAGCUUGAGCUGAGUCUUUUAAAAAUGAGCAGGAGUUUAGGGGAAGAAUGAAGGAAUGUCCCACGACGAAAAAGCAGGGUGUGCAAAGACUGAGAAAUGGCCAGAUUGGAAGAUAGGAAUUUGAGAGAGGAGAG